CUCAAAUGGAGGAGGAGGACAAGACAAAGUUCCUUCAUGGAACUCUCGAUGUCACCAUCUUCAGGGCCAUAUCCAACACACCCUCUCUCCCCUUCAAGUGUAUGUCAACAAUUCGAAGGUCGUCCGCUUAUGUGACGAUCAAGAUCGACGGACACAAGGUAGCGAAAACCAGCGACCAACACAGCCGUGUCUGGAACCAAACAUUCCAAAUCCUCUGCGCGCAUCCACCCGACGCCACGAUCACCAUAUCCCUAAAAACAAACCAUGCCUUCCUCGGCAAGAUGGACCUCCCGGCUCGGAAGCUCAUCGAAGAUUCCAGCCUCAUCAACGGAAUAUUCCCUCUCGCCAAGCCCAACGGCGACCCCAGCAAGGGGAUCAAGCUGCAGUUCAUCCUCUGGUUCAAGCCUGCCGACUCCGAAACCAGCUGGAACAAAGUUCUACAGAUCGACGGCAGAUAUCAAGGCAUCAGAAAUUCUUCAUUCCCCCUAAGAUCAAACUGUGGCCUUGUCCUGUACCAGGAUGCUCACCAUAAUCCCAACUUUUGUCCCCCGCUCGAUCGCCAUCGAUCGCCGCUGCGGAAUCUUUGGGAAGAUACAUACAAUGCGAUUGAUUGUGCCAAGCAUUUGGUAUACAUAGCCGGCUGGUCGCUCAAUCCAAACAUCGCCUUAGUACGCGAUCCGCAGACAGAUAUCCCGAACGCGCGGGGCGUGAAGCUCGGGGAAUUGCUGAAGAAGAAGGCCGAGGAGGGUGUAGCAGUGAGGAUCAUGCUGUGGGACGACGAGACGUCUUUGCCAAUCAUUCGAAACAAAGGCGUGAUGAAAACGCACGACGAGGAUACCGUGGCCUACUUCAAGCACACGAAAGUUGUAUGCAAGCUGUGCCCGAGGCUGCACGACAAGUUCCCCACGGCGUUCACGCAUCAUCAGAAGACGAUCACAGUCGAUUCGUCUUCUUUGAGGCGCCGCGAGAUCGUGAGCUUUUUAGGUGGAUUCGAUCUUUGCGACGGGAGAUUCGAUACGGAGGAUCAUACCCUGUUCCAAACUCUCGACUGCUAUGACUUCUACCAGACUAGUCUCCACGGCGCCAGCCUGCACAAGGGCGGGCCUCGGGAGCCAUGGCACGACGUGCACGCUCGCCUGACGGGUCAAGCUGCAAUCGACGUGCUCGUUAAUUUCGAGCAACGGUGGACGAAGCAAUGCGAUCCUGCAAUGCUCGUCCCGAUACAGGAAGUGUGCGACUACACGACCCCUGUAGCCGAUAGGAAUUGGCAUGUGCAAGUUUUCAGGUCUAUCGAUCAUUUCUCGGCAGCUCCGAUGCCGAGAAACCUCAGGAUCGAGAGGAGCGUCCAUGAAGCCUAUGUAGAUGCAAUCCGGCGCGCCGACAAGUUCAUAUAUAUCGAAAAUCAAUACUUCAUCGGCGGAUGCCAUUUGUGGGAAGAAAAUAGAGAAUGCGGCUGCAGGAACCUGAUUCCUGUCGAGAUAGCGUUGAAAGUGGCGAAUAAAAUCCGAGCGGGGGAGAGGUUCACGGUGUAUGUGGUGAUGCCGAUGUGGCCAGAAGGGCCUCCGGAGAGCGAGGCCGUGCAGGACAUACUACAUUGGACGAGGGAGACGAUGAAGAUGAUGUAUAGAAUCAUCGGAGAAGCAUUGCGGGAGGUCGAGGGAGGCCACCCGAUGGACUAUUUACUUUUCUUUUGUCUUGCAAAUAGGGAGAAGGAAAGGCACGGGGAGUUUGUACCUCCGUACAACCCUCGCGUUGCAACGGAUUAUUGGAACGCUCAGAAACACCGGAGGUUUAUGGUUUACGUUCACUCCAAGCUCAUGAUAGUGGACGACACUUAUUUGAUCAUCGGCUCGGCUAAUGUGAACCAACGGUCUAUGGAUGGACAACGGGACACUGAGAUAGCCAUCGGGUGCUACCAAUCAAGAAGUGGCGAAAACAUUGACAAUGAGGACAUUCAAAUAUUUCGGAUGUCACUAUGGUACGAGCAUACUAGGCGUUCUGAGGAUGUCUUUAAAGCGCCGCAUUCCUUGGAAUGCACGCAGACAAUGAGGUCGAUUGGAGAGGAAAUGUGGAGAAUGUAUAGUGAAGAUGAAGUGAAGGACAUGGAAGGUGUACAUCUAGUAAGUUAUCCUAUGAAUGUGACCACAGAAGGUUGUGUAGAAGAAUUAAGCGAAUCCGGGUGCUUUCCGGAUACAAAAGCUAUGAUUAAAGGGAAGAGAUCGAAGCUAUUGUCUCCCACAUUCACAACAUAAGAAGUUAGAAUUCGAUCACUAUUAGUAUUGUUCUCUAUAUAGUUCGAUGAUCAUGUAAAUAUUAUCAAAAUUAAGUGGUGAUCUUUGGUUAGAAUACAAUAAUUUGUUAUCUACUAUUCAAGAUUCUACAAAGAUCUAGAAUAUAUAGAU